CCCUCUCUGGAUGCAUCAGACUCCUCUGCCCCGGGGCCCUGGACCCGGUGUGUGACCCAGCACCCCUCGCCCCACUCACCCUCUCUUUCCUCCCCCUCUGCCCCAAACUCCCAUCCACCUGUCAGCCUCUGCUCUCCAGCACUGGGCCCCCUGCCUCUCGACCAGCAGGCAGAGGCAGGGGGCCAUGGACGCAACCCCCUCGCCAUGAGCAGCGUUCCCCCAACGCAGGGAAGAGUUCAGGGGUCCAACUUUACCCCACAUCACUACAAGCCCUUCAGUUCACAUGCACACUAUCAACAGGUGAUGCGUGCACUGCAUAAGCUCCAGGAGAGUGGGUUUUACUGGGGAGCUGUUGGAGGAAGAGAAGCAAGCUCCCUGCUGUGCUCUGAACCACCUGGCACUUUCCUGAUCCGGGACUCCUCAGACCACCACCACUUCUUCACCCUGUCUGUGCAGACGCCCCGAGGAACCAAGAACCUGCGAAUACACAGUGAGGAAGGUGGAUUCUUCUUGCAGCCUGAUCCCCAAAGCACCCAAGUGCCCCCACAGUUUGAUUGCGUGUUGAAACUCAUAGCGCACUACAUGGGCAAAGGGCUGGAUGCUGGAAGAAGUAGAGAAGGGGCAUGUGGGGGCAAUUCAGGGCAGCCAGAAAUGAAAGGGCGCAGUGUUUAUCUGAUACACACAGGUGGAGAGAGGAUUCCCCUGGAGUUGCGGAGGCCCCACACAACUUCUCUUUCAUCCUUGCAGCACAUGUGCAGGAGGACCUUGAACAAUCAAGGCCGGUUGGGGUCGGAGCGAGCAGAGCAGCUCCCACACACGCUGCGGGACUUCCUGGAGGAGUAUGAUGCUCCUAUAUGACUGACUGGAACUGCACAGUUCUCACUACAUGGACCAGCAGCUUAGAGGAUGGCGUAGGUUAGGUCUCUUGUGCAGAUGUGAUUAUGUGCGCCAUCAGAGACUGACCAGAUUUAGCCUUAGAUGCUAAUGUGAGGUUAGUUUCUCGUAGUAGCCAGAAUUGGCUUAUCCCAGACCUGAUGGUCAACACUGACGGAAAACCUCCAACCUGGAGUCUGGGAUGAGGAGGAGUGCAAUUUGGGUAACCAGUGAUUACCUCGCCCAUCCUGCCUCGCAAAAAACUAACCACUAAUGUGAGUGGCAGAGGUCAAGGGUCAGUGUUUCUUAUGACUGCCUCAGACGCAGAGCAAAGCCUCGUAGUAGAUUAACCCAGAUUGUUCAAUAUUAACGAUGACAGUGACGGCGUGAUCAAUAUACCACCAGUGAUUCCUGUGGGUUUACAGAAACCUCUCAGCUCGCUCCCCGUCUGCCUGACAUUUGCAACAGUUUCAAUCACAGCACAGAGAGAAAGGAGGCGCAGAGUAGAGGAGCUUAGAGGGGGAGAAGGCAAGUUACAGAGUAAAAAAGGCAAAGUUCAAACAACAGCCUCAAAUCAGAAUUUACUGCAUUUGUUUGUCCCAGUGUGUGUGUGUGUGUGUGUGUGUGUGCGCGCGCUGUAAUGGUGCAUACACGUUUCCAUCGCUGCUUCCCGCAAAUGUUGCCUCAUUGAAGGGAAUUGAGCGGUCAUGCAUGCCAGCUACACACACACACACACACACACAGGUACUGGCCCACAUGUAGGAUUUGUCAGUGUAGGGGAGUUUGAUAAAACAUUACAAUGCAUCUUCUCCCCUCUCCUGUUUCUUUCAUGUUUCUCCUUCAUCUUCCAUUCUUUGCUGAGCCUGCUCCCUUUCUGUUUCAACAUUGCUUGUGCGCUUUUUGACAGUGACAGAAAACAGACUUCUGUUGCUCAGACAAAAGCUUGUUACUGAGACAAAAGCUUUGGCACGGGACCAAACAAAACAUCAGAACUUAUUUUUGUCUAGGCUGGCUGAAAAUAUGUCAGCGACACUGUAAUGCUCCUCAGGGAAUGACGACAACGACAAGCCUAGAGAUUGGGGGAGGGUGCGGAGAGGGAUUGAGUGAAGGAGAGACUGAGAGUGGGAAAAGGGAUUAUGAAAAGGAAAUUGAAGAGGACAGAGAAAUGGGCAGGGGGGCUAGGGUGGCUGAGAAGGGGGAGGAGACAUACUGGUAUACAGCUAAACAAAAACAAUGACUGGAUUGAUGUCCCAGACUUAGAGGAAAUGAUAACAGGACACUGCUCCUGUUAAUUUGUAUCCAGGUUUGCCAAGAAGCCCAGUGUCAAAAAAAAAAAAAUCUGUUAUGUAGACAGCUGUUGUAAUCUCUUCUUAACAUUAUCGCCUGGAUCUUAUUUUUUCGUGAAAAUGUGUUGGUGUGUCUGUGUCUGUACUCUCCCUCCUGGAACUCUUAACUAGCCACUCAUGAAGGGCAAUAAGAGGAAAUUAACUGUUUUUAAUCCCUGUAAUCUGUUCCAAUCAUUACCUCUGCAGCAGGAGUGGGCAGUUGGGUUUGUCUGUCUGAAUGUCAAGGGAACACAAGACUAAAAGAAAAAGAAAGCCUUUUGUAAAGUGGACUAUAAGACUCGGAUUUGAUCAAAAUUGUUUUUUUUUCUGUGUUUGACCAGUGCUCAUACUUACCUGUGAUCCAUAUUGGAGUAGCCUGUUCACUGUGGCCACUUAAGACAAGAGCACUAAAGAAUUACCAUAGUGAUGUGCAAUUCUGCUCAGAUCUGUGUCUUGUUUCCUCCCAUCAACUUUGUUCAUGUAUUGUGCCGCCGGCGCACGCGUGUAUGUGAAUUAUCUGUCUUUUAUAAAGACUCUCGUUAAAAGGCUGGCCACUAGUCUGGCAGAAUACAAGCUGUACUAUCUGAAAUGACAAAGCAUUACAAAAAAAAUAAAUGAAAAGGAACAUUGCACAUAUUUAUAUUUCUAAAAUAUUUCAAUAAUUUAUAUUAAAGAGCACUAUUUUUACAAAAGUCAA